CUUCGGAAUUCGCGAGACUCGUUAGUGAUUGAGCGUUGGGAAUACAUGAGUCUUUCAGGGGCGAUAAACAAGAAACGUGGCUAUUCGAUGAUUGGCCGGUUGCAGCAGGGAUGCCGUCUGGGAUAUAGAACCGCCCGCCACUUUGCGUGCGACCACCGUAAAACCUCGUCAUGGCUACUCCGAUACCAACGUCCGAGGUCCUCAUGCCCUUAUACAUCUAUCCAGAUCCAGGUGCCUGGGAUCCACUGUUCGAAGCCAUCGCGUUCAACCCAACGCUUCGCUUUGUUGUAAUUGUGAACCCAAAUAGCGGACCAGGGUCUGAGCCUUGGUGGCCAAACGCUGAUUAUCUCCGGGACGUACCCAAGCUUAACGCUUGUUCCAAUGUACGCACGGUAGGCUACGUAAGCACGGCCUACUGUAACCGGCCAAUUCAAGAAGUGUACGAAGAUAUCAGACAAUACGCAAGCUGGGCGAAGGACAAAAACUCCCGAAGUCUAGGUAUGAACGGGAUCUUCUUCGACGAAACGCCGAAUAUUUUCACGGAAAAUGCGAGGAAUUAUCUUACAGCAAUCACACAGAACGUGAAGAACAUGGGCACAUUGCUCGGUGAUGGCAUAGUCAUCCAUAAUCCUGGCACUUCAAUUGACGAAAGACUUGCUAUCACGGGCAUGGACAUUGCGACAGUAGCUGAAGUAGCAUAUUCUGAUUUCCACACGAGGAAUUUUCAGAAUUGGCUUGCGAGGUCUACAUUACAUCGCAGCAACACAAGCUACAUGAUUCAUGGAUUUUCAGAAGAAAGCGUGGAUGACUUUGUCGUCCACAUGUUGCGGGGUAAAGCGAGAUACAUAUUCGUCACAGAACGGAGCACAGAUAUGUAUCAUGGCUUUGGCGCAAGCUGGAAAGCCUUCAUUGCGGCAAUGGCAAGGAAUAGAACCACUUGA